AUGACCUUCCUCUUCCAAGUAGUCGUUGGAAUCUUAGGGAAUUUCUUGCUCAUAAACCAUUAUUUCUUCUUUUACUUCAGUGGCUCCAGGGCACGGCCCACAGACUUGAUUCUCAGGCACCUGACUGUCGCCAACUCCUUAGUCAUUCUCUCAAAUGGAGUCCCACAGACAAUGCUCGCUUUUGGGUUUAAACAAUUCCUCAAUGAUGUUGGAUGCAAACUUGUUUUAUAUCUUCAAAGGGUGUCCAGGGGUGUGUCCAUUUGCACCACCUGCCUCUUGAGUGUCUUCCAGGCCAUCACCAUCAGCCCUAUGCACUCCAGGUGGGCAGAGCUUAAACUAAAAGCCCUAAAAUACAUUGGCCCCUCCAAUAUCCUCUCCUGGAUGCUACACAUGGUCGUAAAUGCCAUUUUUCCUAUUUAUGUGUCUGGCAAAGGGAGCAACAAUACCAUCAUAAUGAAAGAUGUGUUGGUAUACUGUCCCACACAGCGUGACAAUGUCACAUUCUCACUCUAUGCAGCACUGAUAUCCUCCCAUGAUGCUUUGUGUUUGGGAUCCAUGUCCUGGGCCAGCAGCUCCAUGGUUUUCAUCCUGCACAGACACAAGCAACGGGUCCAACACAUUCAUAUGAACAACGUCUCUCCCAGAUCCUCUGCUGAGACCAGAGCCACCCAAAGCAUCCUGGUCCUGGUGAGCACCUUUGUGUCAUUCUAUGCCCUCUCCUCCAUUGUUUAUGCUUAUUUGGCUCUUUUCAAUAAUCCCAGUUCGUGGCUAGUGAACAUGUCUGCAUUAAUCACUGCAGGUUUCCCAACAGUGAGCCCCUUCAUUCUCAUGAGCAGUGACCCCUGUCUAUCUAGACUCUGUGUUGCCUACUACACAAAGAAUACAUGUUUUUCAUCUCUUACAAGAAAAAUAUAG